AUGUUUAUUCAUCAGAGUCAUCUAAAAUCUGUUCACGACAUAUACACAGUGAGUAAAAAGAAAGUGGUUUGCGAGAUGAUGACUGCUUUUGGGAGCAUCGUCAUCGCGACGACGACGACGACGACGACAUCAAAACCAUUUUACCCACUCCAACACCACGGGAGAAGAGGAGGAGGAGGAGGAUCAUCAUCGACGAAUUCAUCAAGAAAAUUUAUCCACUUGGUGUCUGUUAGAAAAGAACAACAACAACAACAACAACAACGACGACGACAUCGAGAACGUGCGCUAGAAACGAGAUCGUCAUCAGACAACCAGAAUACAGUCACAAAUACGAAAGGGAAAAUGUUGAAAUGGUCGGACAUAGACGAGAAAACGAAGGAGUUACCGGACGCGUCCGUGGCGAAGAAGAUGCAAAUAACUGGUGUGCACCACGUGGCGAUUAUCGUCAAAGAUAUGCAACGAACGAUGGAUUUCUACCAAGGCAUAUUAGGAUUAGCGAUUAAUCCUGCGAGGCCGAAAGAUAAGUUACCGUACGAUGGGGCCUGGUUAUGGAUUGGAGACGAGAUGAUUCACAUAAUGGAACUACCAAACCCAGAUCCGGACGACAUCGAGUCUCGACCAACGCACGGCGGCAGAGAUCGACACUUUUGCAUCGGAUGCAUGGACAUACAGCCGCUGAUGGAUGCUUUAGAUGCGAAUAAGAUUGAAUACACGAAAAGUAAAUCGGGCAGACCGGCGAUAUUCUUCCGAGAUCCCGAUUCAAACACGUUAGAAGUUGUCGAGGGGUUGGAAUGGCGCGUUUAA